AGAAGAAAAGUGUGAGGCUUGUGGUUGGGGAGAAGCAGAAGUGAUGAGAGAACAAACGGCAAGGCUGGGGGAGGCUGCUCGUGCUGCUGCGCUCUGCCGAGAGGCUCACUGCCGCCGCUGCUGCUAUUCCUGUGGGUGGGCAGGAUUAGAGAGCCUCAAGUGCCCGACACCCCCAGGGCUGCGGCUGCUUCUUCCUCUGCCUGGACCAUGGAGACUUUAAAUGGCACCAGCCCGAGUGAUAACCUGAAGCAGCAGCAGCAGGGCCACCACCACCCCCACGCUGAGAAGAAGAGACUGAACCGAGCCCCUUCCCCGGCCAGACCCUUCCUCAAGGAUCUCCACGGCCGGGCGUCGUCUGCCAAGCCCCCGCCGGUGCCGCCCAAAUCCCCCAGCCUCUCGGGCAAGCCGCAGCAGCCGGGCCCCCCGCCUCAAUCCGCCGGGCUCCUGGCCACCCAGAGCCGCCUCUCCAGGCGCAGCGGCUCCCAGGGCGCAAAGGCAGCGGCACCAGCUGGGACGGGCGGCCGAGCGGGCAGCGCCAAAGCCUCCCUGUGGAGCAAGAAGGCGGCCCGAGGCCAGGAGCAGGGGGGCGGCAAGGCCGGGGCCAGGCAGGCCGGGGGGGAGCCGGGCCACCCGCCCGGCAAAGGCAGGAAGGGGAAGAGAGGCGCCCCCGCGCAGCAGGGGGGGUCCCUGGCACCGGCCGCUGGGCCCGGGCUGGGCAGCGGCCAUGCGGCCGGGGCGGCUCCGGCCAGGCUCAGCCACACGGACAGCAGCUCCGACCUGUCCGACUGCCCCUCCGAGCCGCUCUCCGAUGAGCAGCGACCGGCCCAGGCCGCCAGCAGCGACGCCGAGUCCGGCACCGGCUCCAGCGACCGGGAGCAGCUGCCUGCCCCGGAGCGAGCGGGCACCCCGCUGCCUGGGGCCGGCCACCCGCUGGGCGCCCAGCCUUCCCCGGAGAGCCCCGCCGGCCAAGGGGCGGCGCAGCCGGCUCCGCCCUGCAGCCCGCGGGCCGCCUCGCCGGCCCCAGCGGCGGGCAAAGGCGGCGCGCCCGAGGGAGAAGAGGCGAGCUGGGGGCGAGCCGCGGAGAAGGCGCCCGGCAAAGGGGACGUGCGGCUGGGCAGCCAAGCGCCCGCCCCCUGCCAGCCGCCGGCGGAGGAGGAGGAGCUGCUGCGGGAGAUCGAGGAGCUGCGCUCGGAAAAUGACUAUCUCAAGGAUGAAUUGGACGAACUUCGAGCUGAAAUGGAGGAGAUGCGUGACAGUUAUUUAGAGGAAGAUGUUUAUCAGCUGCAGGAACUCCGGAAAGAGCUGGACCGUGCAAACAAGAACUGUCGCAUCCUGCAGUAUCGUCUCAGGAAAGCAGAACAGAAAAGUUUGAAAGUUGCGCAGACAGGCCAAGUGGAUGGAGAGCUCAUUAGAAGUUUGGAGCAAGAUUUAAAGGUAGCCAAAGAUGUAUCUGUCAGACUGCACCAUGAACUGGAGAGUGUGGAGGAGAAACGUGUGAAAGCAGAAGAUGAGAAUGAAAUCCUUCGGCAGCAGAUCAUUGAGGUGGAAAUAUCCAAACAGGCGCUACAAAACGAGCUGGACAGGUUGAAAGAGAGCUCAUUGAAGAGAAGAGGCAGCCGAGAAAUGCACAAAGAAAAGAAGACAUUCACACAGGAGGACAGCGCUGACUUGAAGUGCCAGCUUCAGUUUGCCAAAGAAGAAGCAGUGCUGAUGCGUAAGAAAAUGGCCAAGCUGGGGAGGGAGAAAGAUGAACUGGAACAGGAGCUCCAGAAGUACAAAUCCAUCUAUGGAGAUGUGGACAGUCCCCUCCCUACUGGGGAGGCAGGAGGGCCACCCAGCACCAGAGAGGCUGAGCUGAAACUUCGUCUGAAACUGGUGGAAGAGGAAGCUAACAUACUGGGCCGGAAGAUAGUUGAACUGGAGGUGGAGAACAGAGGUAUUAAAGCUGAGAUGGAGGACAUGAGAUGCCAAUAUGAGAGAGAAUGUCUUAGCCGGGACCAUAUUUCAAGUAUUCCUACCUCGCCAUACGGUGACUCCAUGGAGUCAGCAAUAGAGCUGCGCCGUCACUUGCAGUUUGUUGAAGAAGAGGCGGAGCUGUUGAGGAGAUCGAUCUCUGAGAUUGAGGAUCACAACAAACAACUAACCAAUGAACUGAACAAAUUCAAGUUCGAGCCCAGUCAGGAGUCCAGUUGGCUGGAUGAUGGUGCCUCUAAAUGCAGUGGAUCCCUACAAGAGGAGCUGAAAUCAGCGAGGAUGCAAAUCAAUGAACUGAGUGGAAAAGUGAUGAAACUCCAGUAUGAGAAUCGUGUGUUGAUGUCCAAUGUGCAGCGCUAUGAUCUUGUCUCUCAUCUAGGGCUGCGCACUUCAAGUCCCAGGGACAGUGAUGCUGAGAGUGAUGCAGGAAAGAAAGAGAGUGACAGUGAAGAGGGCCGCCCAACACAGCCAAAGAGAGAAGGACCCAUUGGGGGCGAGAGUGACUCGGAAGAAGUUUAUGAAAAGACGUCAGGUUUUGGGAGCGGUAAGCCAUCAGAAGCUAGCGACCUCUGUUCUACUGAGUUAAUGAGAGUGAAAGAGGACACCGAGUCUUUAAUUAACAUCAAACGAGAGGCUGAACGGCUUGAAAGGACUGUGCUCCGUCUCAUCACUGACACUGAUAGUUUAAUUUAUGAUGCCAAGGUGCACAUCACCAGCAGUCCUUCCUCUGAGCAGGGUUUCAAAAGUGAUGGAGAGAGAGGUGAGGAAAAAAAUGAACCAGAACUUCUGGACACUAUCAAUUCAAGGAUGAAAGCUUUCCGUAAAGAACUACAGACCUUCCUGGAGAAGGUUGAUCACAUCGGGGAAAGCCUCAAAGAACAAAUAGAAGACCUCUCCCCUUUGCCCCACCUGACAGAGUCUUCCAGUUUUCUGUCCACAAUGACAUCCAUGUCUCGAGACUCACCCAUUGGUAACCUAGGAAAAGAGUUAAUUACAGACUUCCAGUCCAAACUGAGGGAUCAGAUGGAGUGGCAGCUCAGCCAAGAUCGUGGAGAGGAGCAAGAGAUUCACCACCACCGAGCCACCACCGAGCCACACCGCAGAGCUGAUGGAGACAUUAAACUCUACAGGCCAGGCGACAAGGGCUGUUUCAGUCUAGAGCUCAGGGAUUCCCAUGUUUUACCUGUACAGAAUGUAUCGAUACAGGCUCAACUUGAGCAGGAGACGAGACUUCACCAAGAGGAGCAAGAAAAGUUUACAGAGAGGAUCAUUCAGCUGGAGGAGGAGCAUCUGCAGACCUUGCGGAGGAAAGAUUUGGAGGUGCAGAGCUUGACUUUGCAGAAUAAAUUGGAGGAGAAGACCUGGAGUCAGGAGAAAAGUUUGAUGCAGCAAGAACUCAGGCAUUUCAAGCAGAAUACCUUCCUGCUGUAUGUGAAACUGAAGUGGCUGCUGAAACACUGGCAGCAAGGCAAGCAAAUAGAAGAGGAAGGAGAGGACAUACUGGAGAUUGAGCACCUCAGUGCCCUACCGGAAUUUGGCAUUCAGUCUGAACGAAAGGGAGAUGACCCAGAACGAGAUGAGGAGGAGGAUGACGUUGUGUUUGCACUGACGGAUUAUUCCCAACAUUCCACAGCGGAGAGCACUGACCAUGGACCACAGCUGCAGACUGCAGAACUAUUGCGGCAUCAAAAGCAGGCAAGUGAAAACCGGAGGCUCUUAAAUGCUCUGAAAACCUUGUUAGACGACUUCCGUUCUGAGCUCCGGGAUGAUGAACGAGAGCGGCAUGGGCUCCAGCAGCAGUAUGCCACAGACAAGGCAGCUUGGGAGGUGGAAUGGACUGAGCUGAAGUGUCGUCUGGAGCAGCUGGAAGGGAAGAAUGAAAAAGCCCAGGGGGAAACUGUCUUGGCCACUGAUUCAAAAGGAGCUUUUAAGAGGGAGAGAGAGGAGCACAAGAAGUUGCUCGCUGACAGUCACAGCUUGGUGAUGGACCUACGAUGGCAACUUCAGCACAGUGAGAAGAAUUGGAACAGGGAAAAGAUGGAGCUUCAGGAUAGAUUGGACAGAGACCGGCGAGAGUGGGAGCGACAAAAGAAGGAAUUGCUGAGGAGGAUAGAACAGCUUCAAAAAGAAGUGAGCACACGAAAAGGAGACAGCAUUCUUUGUGACCAGAAGGAGAGUAACCUUCGUCCAUUUGCAACCCAGGGAAACCUUCAUGUGCCUCAUCCAAUGGGGACAAGGUCCUAUUCUGAUUCAGAUGCCGUACAGUUUGACGAUCAGUCGCUGUCGAAGCUGAAGGAAAGUGAUAGGUGCACUGCCACAGAAAACCUCUUUCUCGAUUCACUGUCCCUUGAUUCUCCUGAUGAAUCUGAUGAGUCUCGGCCUCAGAGAUUGGAACGGGAGAAGUUCUUGACUUGCUUAACUGAAGAAGAAGAAACGCACAAGGGAAAUCUUCAAAGGGCAGUGUCUGUUUCCUCCAUGUCAGAAUUCCAGCGUUUGAUGGAUAUUUCUCCAUUCCUUCCUGAAAAGACCUUGCCUUCAUCUAGUAGUAAGGAGGAUAUAACACCUCCUCUGUCCCCUGAUGAUCUGAAAUACAUUGAAGAGUUCAACAAAAACUGGGAUUAUAGUAACACCAGGAUCCAUAGUGGGGUUACAGAAAAGCCUGCAGAAGCCUGGGCAGAAAGGACAGAGAUUAGGAAAGUAAGAAGUGAUUCAACUUCAGAUCCAUUCCAAGCAUCGUCAUGGUACCUUACCACCAGUGUUACUAUGACAACCAAUACCAUGACCAGCCCAGAGCCCUGCCAGAAGCAGCCACUGAGGAGUCACGUUGUAACAGAAAAAAUGGGGGUCAAGGUCUUUCACAGUCCGCCAGUUCUCCGUAGGCUCGAUAACUCAGCGAUAGCUGGGAAUGGAGGGAAAAAACCGGUUGAGCCUGACUUUUUGUUUUCUGUGACGAAAGCUAAAGGGAAUGUGGGGGAGACAAAAGGUGCUUCCUCAGAUGUGUUUGGGAGAUGGCCCUGUGAUCUCACCAAACACCAUAAAGAUUUUUUGGAAAGUGGUCUUCAUCCUAUUGAGCAUCCUAUUUGCACUGCUGUGGGUUUUGCCUCGUCCUUGCAGACCCUGGAGCUGUCCAAGAACAUGAGUGACGAUAUGAAGGAAGUAGCUUACUCUGUCAGAAAUGCAAUACGUUCUAACUCUAAUUCGGCAGAGCCUCAGUUUAAGGACAUAGCUUGUCAAACCAAUGGUAUAAGAACUACAGGGACACAGACCACCCAGACGAUCAGUGUUGGCUUGCAGACAGAAACCUUGCGCAGCAUCACCAGCAGUCCACACAAGUGUCUGACACCAAAGGGGGGCUCCACACCAAUCUCAUCACCAUCCAGAAGUUUAAGAAGCAGGCAGGUAGCCCCUGCCAUCGAAAAGGUCCAGGCCAAGUUUGAACGCACGUGCUGUUCUCCCAAAUAUGGUUCUCCAAAAUUACAAAGAAAAAUCCUUCCAAAAACAGAUCAGCCAAAUAACCGGACUUUACCAGGAGCGCCUCAGAAAGGAUUCAGUGAGUCUGCUUGGGCUAGAUCAACUACUACAAGGGAGAGCCCAGUUCAUACCACCAUCAAUGAUGGCCUCUCCAGUUUGUUCAAUAUUAUUGACCAUACCCCUGUUGUUCAAGAGACCCUCCAAAAAUGCGCCAGGUCUAGCAGCCGAUCUAGGUCAGCAGAACCCAGAUCAGAACUGGAGCCCAUGCAGGAAAUGUGUACAAGUGCCCGUGGCCGGUCACCCAGUCCUCUCCGUUUGGGCACAGAGAUGGAAAAGGAAGAAGAGUCUGAGGCGACAAGUAUCAAACAGGAUUUAUCUGCUCCUCCAGGGUAUACGCUUACAGAAAAUGCUGCCAGGAUCUUGAAUAAGAAACUUUUGGAGCAUGCCUUAAAGGAAGAGAAAAGGUUAGCUUCACGCAGCCCACCGAGUCUUAGCAAUGACAACAGCACAGGAGAAAUAGUCAAAGUUGAACCAGGGUCCAUUGAGAACCAAACUGUCUUACUAACUGCCCCCUGGGGACUCUAACCCUGCCUGCCUCACUGCUGUAAGUUCUUUCUACCUUGUUUCCACAACUGUCUGAAAGCUUUAGUUUUGAAACUUUGAGCUAGUGGAGAUAGGUAAGUAGCAAUAAAAACAACAAUACUUGAGGUAGCCAAGAACGUCCAAUAACAGCUGAUUCCUAUACAGUUCUUCCCUUGAAAUGUUUCUUUCUGACUUGGAAUAGAACACUUUAAAGAUUGGCCUAUUCUGCCUUCUGCCAUCAUUAUGUUGGACAUGAACGUUGAUAGCUCCCAUUAGCUUCCUUGAGAUUUAAAGGGACACUGUCAGGUCAAAUUUAGCCCAAAAUUUAAAUUCCGUGAAAAUAAGUUUUUACAAAACCUAGAACCAAUAUAAAUGUAUCCAUAAUUCCCUCCCUUCCCCCACCCCCCUCCGCCCUGAUUUCCAGUGGAAACAAUUUUCUAACAAAUACUCACAAUCCUGCAGUGUUUUCAACAAUCUAAAAGUGAAACUGACUAGAAACAAAAAUUUGAAAUUAUGUAGCCCAUUUUUAUGAUCUAAGCUUAGAAACAUGAACAAUCAAUUAUCACAAUAAAUAGCCAAGAGGAAAUGUCAUUUUUAUAACUGCAUUUUUAAUGAUCUAUGGUAGUUGCAUGACAUUUUGAUUGUUAAAAGUAAUAUUUUGGCAGUGUCCUUUUAAUUCUUUAAUUUCCUUCAUGCAUUCUAAGAGCAUAGACCUAUCAUUAGGAUUAAUGUGCAUGUAAUCAUGACUCCUAGAAAAGAUUCAUUUUGCAGCCAACACAUUAAAAGACUCUGCUGCCAGUUACCUGUGUGCCCUGAAGCACCAGGGCUCGCUUGUCGUGUGUUGCGCUGUAGGUGUGUAUAUCACCGAUAAGAAUGAGGAGGACUUAACCAUGCCUUUCUGUCAAGGCUGACCAACAUCUGUGGCUAUAUUACAUAGAUAGCCAAAAUUGUUUACCAUUGCUAUAAUUUUGACUCCCUUUCAGUUUGCUAAAAGCAAACAAAGCUAGAAAACUGUAAUUAAAAGCUGCUCUUUCAACAGAGACCAAGAUACAAGGCCAAAAAACCACAGCCUCAGCUCAUCCUGUUGUGCCUCCUGCAGGUAUUAGUGCACAGAGGGACUUCUGUUAGCAAGUGUCAGUACAGUGCGACAUACUGUGUGUUCCCUUAGGCACAACAGGAUAAGGUGAAGUAAGGACACAGAGACACUAUCCUUACUAGUACUGAUUUAUACUUCAAUCUUAAUGUUGUUUUAACAGAGUGUUGUUUUUAAGUUUAUAGUACAAAUGUUUAUGUCUGCAGGUGAUUGUAGGGUUCUUUGCUAACCAGGACUUAUGUCAUUCACAGUAUAGAACUGCUCUCCAGAAAUGCUGAGGGCAUCUCCAUAGAACAUGAUCUUAAACAGGAAUGUGGUGUUACUGAUCACCCUUUUAGCUGCCUAUUGUGUAAAGGCUAGGGGUUGGCCCUUCUCAGAGGCUUGCUGAGCUCUGGUGAUACUCUACUCCACAACCUACAUGUGUAUAUGCCGCACGCACAGGCAGUUUGAUGUCCUCUGGCUCUCUUGUUCUACAACAUUCAUCUUCCUUCCCAUUUUAUUGUCCGAGAUACUUCUGUAUUACAUCAUCUUGCUCAAUCACUGCGUAUCAUAUCAUGAUACCUAAUUCAAUAUUUCGUAGUCACUUUCCUCUCUCUCUCCAUACAUUGCAUGGCAUGAUGUUAAAUUUUUUGCUUCCUAAUGUAUUGCUCUACUGGUUUGGGGGUUUUUUUGGCUCAUCGUUCCUUAGCAUCAUUUGAUUUAUAAGUUCUGCCUUCAUAUUUUGCCAGUUUGUCUUCAGAUUUUAUAAUUGUAACUUGCACAUAACUCUUUCACCCUGUAGAGUGAUCUCUCCUCAAUGUAUACAUUUCUACAUGUUGACAAACUUGGCUGAUUUGCUUUUAUAGUUUCCAAGCUAUUCAAUAAGCCUUAGAAAUUCAAGAUUUUUGCUUUGGUAGCAGAAGGCAGCCAUGCUUCAUGUAAUCAGUCAACUUGCUAUAAUGGGCAUGCAAACCGUGCAUGAAAUCUAUCCGUUCUGUGGGAGAAGUCUAUCAAUAUUAGAAGUAAUUAUCAACGUUUAAAUAUAAAUAGGGUGCCAGUGUGAAAAAUCACCAGUGCUGUUUGUCUCUGAUUACACAUAAGGCCUACAUAUCCUGCUGCAGUGAGAAGAUGAUGUAGCGAAUUAAAUUUUCAGACCUGCAAUUUUCAUCCUUUUUUUGAUGGUGGAUAUCCACCUUUAACCUACAGUACCACUGAAUUCCUGUAGCUCAGGCUCAGUCAGCUGGCAACAAGGAUUGAUACGUUAUAGAUAUUUGUUCAAAUUCUUAGGCAAGCCUCCUCUUUAAUGUAGUUGGAAGCAGUAACUAGUCCCAUCUCAGUACUCUCCAGCUAAGCAAGUCUUUCCUGCAUUUCAGUCUGACCUCUGAAGCAGAGGAAUGAGCCUGUUUUCACCUCACAUGCAAAUGCAAUACCUGGCACUUUGCUUCCAGUUUAGCAUUUUGAAGCAAUGUGAUGGAUAGUGGGGUUUAUUGAAUUAUCAUGCAAAUAUACCUUUCAGUUCUUCUUUGUAGCCCAAGGAAUAUUAGCAAAUGGAAGUUUGUCAGCUGCUUCAGUUCACCAAAACCUUCUCUCUUUCCUUCUUUCCUUUUCUGUUCCAUCAGUCACAGAUGUAAAUGUAGAUAUUUUUGUGUGCAGAAAAGUGUGCUCCUUGGUUUUGUUCCCUCUCACAAGAUGCUUAGUUAUAAUUUGUUUUUUGGUUUUUUGCACAUGUAAAUGGGCCGUAUACGAGUCACUAAUAUUUCUUCCAUCUG